GUCAGAGUCCCAGUUCAUGCCUAUUUUACUAAACAAAUGCUAGAAAUGAGAUAUCCAAAGUAAACUAAGCAACACUCUCAACUUUCCGGGAUACUGAAGAAUGUUACAUGCUAUGAUGCUUGAUAGUCUGUUGAAGAAAAAUUCUGGCAUUUUCUGAAGUCUUAGGCCUGGUUAUAGUAGUAUUAGUGGGGAAUUUGAAAAAGGAGAACACUGAUCACUAUUGUGAAAUUGACAUGGAAGAUUCCGAACAUGGACAAUAUUUUAGCAAUCUAGAGCAGUUUCGUUAUCGUUCUGUUGGUGAUGCUGAUGAGGAGGAGGAGGAGCUAAAGAAUCCUCAGUAUGCUUUUUUCAUUGAUAAUUUAAAACGGGAUGAGUUUGGGGAAUCAUACUCGGUUGAACUUGCAUUUAAUUCCGAUGUCUCAAUUGUACUUAGGUAUGAGGAAAAGGAAGGAGAGUCUCUUGAGGAUGUGGAUGGACAGAGAAAUUUUAUGAGUAAUUCGAAAAGAGAAAAGGCUAAGGUUCCAGAAAAUUCCGGUUGCUUUUCGGGGAAAGCAAGGGGUGGUACACCAAAAACUACAAAGAAAUCUUUGGAGAUUGGAGAUGAAGAGGGUAAGAAAAGUUUAGGAGAUGUUCCCGGUCAGAAAAGAAAGAGAGUUGAUGAAGACGAACUAGAAGAGGGAGCUGAGGCUGAUCCAGUUUCUUGUAAAUCAAGUGAAGGAUCCUCGAAGUUGAUGAAUGUUGUUGUGAAAGUUGAAAGCCAGCCUGAGGUUCCAGAUUCUACACAUCACAAAAAUGAUGGAAGUUGUCCUGAAGUAGAAGUAUUUACAUUGGAUAAUAUGCCUUUACUUGAAGGAGAUUAUAUGCCAUUUGUACCAUCAAAAUGCUUUGUUGGUGAAGAGUGUGGGAAUGGUAUCAGAGAUUCUAGUCCGUCUCAGUUCAGGGAGAAUCUCAUGGAUCUUCUUAAAAUUCCUUAUAAUGGAAAGGAGCUUGACAAUCUUUGGCGAGAAGUAACCAAAAGAAAACCAGUGCAGGGUGUUAAAGAGUUGCGCCAUGGAAGAAUGAAAUCAUAUUCAACCAAAACUAAAGGAAAAUCAUACCUUGAUUGGUACAAAGAACUAAAUAUUAAAGUUGAAGAAUUCAGGGAAGAUCGACGUAAAGUUUUAUAUCUCUUGCGUGGAUUUUUCUUUUGGUUGAAGAAUACAGCUCACGAAGGUGCAUUUCAACCAUGGAUGGACUCGUUGUAUUUGAAGGGCUUUGACAGACCAGAGAUUGUAUAGCAUGCCGAGCAGACUGAUGUAUAUUGCUUCCAGUCGUAUUUUGAUGAAACACUGUGAAAUGUAGCCCUUCUCCUGUCUAACUGUUGUUCUCCUUUGGCAGCCAUGGCCGUUG